CGCGCCGCAGUUCGAGCUAUUCGGAAGUGUUUUUUUUUAUAAGUCGAGAUAGUCGAACGUACCAAUUCAAAAUAUACAUUAUACAUAUUAUACUUAUACGUUCACAGAAAGAAAAGAAAAUAGCAAUCGACGCGCGUGUUACAAAUCCGGAAAUUUCGCAUUCUACAUAUAUUUGAGGAAUACAUAAAUUUCGAAAAUUAAAUGCAGACGCUAUCGUUUCGUGCUGUUUUUCGCGACACAACAUAAUUCCCAGUGCGGAAAGUGUAUUUUGAAAUAUUUCUGUACGAGUAUUCAAUUUUUUGUUUAUUCAAAUUGAAUAUUAAGUGCAACUGUAUUUGUUAAUUACUGAAUUCUGAAACGCAACAUUAAAAAAAUAUCAAACAGAAAGUAAACAAAACCAUAAAAACAAAUGUGCACACUGGGCGUAAACAAAUAAUUUGCAUCGAAACUACUAUAAUCAAAUAAAAUAUAUAUUUAUAAACAUGGAUGGUAGCAAACUGUUGAAAAAUGUUUAUGGCAUCGAUAUACACUUUGAAGAUCUCGUCUAUCAGGUUACGGGAUCUAAACGAAAAGAGAAGAAAUCGGUGCUCAAGGGCAUUGAGGGUACAUUUAAAUCGGGUGAAAUGACGGCUAUAAUGGGCCCCUCGGGCGCUGGCAAAUCUAGUCUUAUGAACAUUCUAACUGGCCUCACUAAAAACGGCGUCUCGGGCACCAUUGAAAUUGGCAAGGCGCGAAAAUUGUGCGGCUACAUUAUGCAGGAUGAUCAUUUCUAUCCAUUUUUCACUGUGGAGGAGACAAUGCUGCUGGCAGCCACACUUAAAAUAUCCAACAAAUGUGUGAACAUGAAGGAAAAACGCAUUUUGAUUGAACACUUGCUGAGCACGUUAAAGCUAACGAAUGCGAAACAGACGAGAUGCUCGAAGCUGAGUGGUGGCCAGAAGAAGCGUCUGUCCAUUGCCCUAGAGCUAAUAGACAAUCCAGCUGUGCUAUUUUUGGACGAGCCCACAACGGGCCUGGACAGUUCGUCAUCCUUUGAUACUAUACAAUUGUUACGUUCUCUGGCUAACGAGGGUCGGACCAUUGUGUGCACAAUCCAUCAGCCAUCGACAAACAUUUACAAUCUGUUCAACCUGAUCUACGUGUUGAGUUCGGGUCAAUGCACCUAUCAGGGAGCGCCUCAAAAUACGGUGAUGUUUCUGAAAACGAUUGGACUCGAAUGCCCAGCCUAUCACAAUCCAGCGGAUUUCUUGCUGGAAUGUGUGAAUGGUGAUUUUGAUGAUCACACGGAGGCCUUAGCCGAAUGCGCCAAGGACACACGCUGGCGUUACGAUCAAGAGCUGAUGCAGGAUGAGGCGGUGCCCCCCUCCGAUUCACAAGUGGCCAAGUUCAACGAAUCGCAGACCCAAGGCCAGUCGCCACAAUCCAAUAUAAUAAAGAUCGAAUCAACAAAGGAACUCCAUAAACACACCUAUCCACCACCUGAAUGGAUGCGCUUGUGGCUACUAAUUGGACGUUGUCACUUGCAGUUCUUCCGGGAUUGGACCUUAACAUAUUUAAAGCUUGGCUUGCAUAUACUGAGUGCUAUUAUGAUCGGUUUGAUCUUUGGUGAUUCUGGCAUCAAUGCCACCAAGCAAAUAUCAAAUGUUGGCAUGAUUAUGAUACAUUGCACGUAUCUCUGGUAUACGACAAUAAUGCCGGGUAUAUUACGCUAUCCAUUGGAAAUCGAAAUAAUCAAGAAGGAAACCUUUAACAAUUGGUACAAGCUGAAAACCUACUAUGUGGCCACCAUCAUAACAUCCACACCGGUUCAUAUAAUUUUCUCAACAGUUUAUAUAACGAUUGGUUAUUUGAUGACUGAUCAGCCUGUGGAAAUGGAUCGGUUUGUCAAAUAUUUGCUAACAGCAGUGGUUGUAACCAUCUGUGCCGAUGGCUUGGGUGUAUUUCUAGGCACUAUACUUAAUCCAGUGAAUGGAACUUUUGUUGGUGCCGUGUCCACGUGUUUUAUGCUCAUGUUUUCGGGAUUCCUCAUCCUAUUAACCCAUAUACCAUCUGCCUUGCGGUUUGUUGCAGCGAUGUCGCCGCUGCGAUAUGCUCUGGAAAACAUGGUUAUAUCAUUGUAUGGCAAUCAUCGGGACAAGUUGGUCUGUCCACCCACCGAGCUCUACUGCCAUUUCAAAAAUGCAGUGACGGUGCUAAAUCAAUUUGGCAUGGAGAAUGGUGAUUUUGGCUACAAUAUUAUGAUAAUUCUGGGCCAGAUAACGCUGUUCAAAAUCUUGUCAUAUUUUACGCUGAAGCAUAAAAUGAAAUCAGUUUGAUUCGGAUGCCUGAAGAUGCCUAGUAUUGAGCUUAAUAUAUAUACAUAUAUAUUAAAUGUGAUUUUAUGUUACUUAUCGCUUAGUUCAAGUGAGCUACAUUUUACAUCGGCGUGUGAUACUUUAACUAAUGCUACCUGUUGCUGUAUACAUACUAAUUGUUAACAUAGCGAAUAUAGUUUUUAUACGGUUAUACAAUUUUCAUAUGCAUGUACAUUUAUAGGACUAUACAUAUGUAUAUAUGUCACUCGAUUAGUUAUCAGUUAAAAUAGGUUGUAGUAAGUAAAGUAUGUACGAACGAAUUAAAUGGACAUGUUGAAAAAAUAUUUACAAACCAUUAAACAAAGAAAUUCAAAAUGUG